AUGAAAAAAUAAACUAUAAAGCCUGCAGCAGUUGCAAAAGAAACAAGCCAGUACGACUUUUAAGAGACUAAGGAUAGAUUUGUUGGAGAUAUAGAUCCAAUUACAAAGCUUAGGAAUGGGGAAGGCAUUUACACCUAUGAAAAUGCUUUCUUUUAGUACAAAGGACACUGGGUUAAUGGAGUUAAGCAUGGGUAUGGUAUCAUGAUCAUGAAAGAUGGAACGUACUACGAGGGCGAAUUUAAUGAAGGGGAAAUUAAUGGUAAAGGUGAGAGGAGAUAUAAUGAUGGCUCAGUUUAUAAGGGUGAAUUCAAAUAAGGAGAGCGUCAUGGGUAUGGAGAGAUAUAAUACUCUAAGUCUAACGAAUGGUACAAAGGUGAAUGGAACCUUAAUGUAAGACAUGGCUAGGGCACUCUUUACACUAAAGAUAGAAAUACAUAUACAGUAAGUUCAUUACUUGAUCUAAUUGAUAUUUAGGGAGAAUUCAGAGAUCACUGGCCUAAUGGAAUGUGCAUGAUUCAAUUUAUAAAUGGAUCCUUAUAUCAAGGUCAAGUUUAAAAAGCUGUAAUGCAUGGAAAAGGCUAACUAACAUCACUUGAUAAAACAGUUUAUGAGGGUUAUUUUGAAAAUGGGAAGAGAGAAGGCUAAGGAAGAUUUUACGUCCAAGGUGGAACUUAUACACUUGUGAGCAAUUAUAAAGACAAUAAGCCUGAGUUUGAAGCUAAUUAGAUUCUCUUCAAGCUGAUUAAGAAAGAGGAGGAAGAGGAAAAAAUUGAUCCUAAAAACUAAAAAGGAAAAGUUGAUCCAAAGGCUGUUCCUAAAAAAGGCUAAGCUGAAGAAGAAAAAGAAGAUGAUGGGAAAAAUAAGAUCUUAUUCGAGGUUGGAAAAGAAAACAACUUCAUUGAGUUUGAAUUGCAUAUAGUAUACCAAGGCCCUCCAUACGAAGAUCCUAAUCCCCCUCCAGUUGAAGAAGAUCCAAAGAAAGUAGCAGCUGCUGCCAAGAAUGUCAAAGGUGGUAAGGCCCCUGCUCCUGGAUAGCCUGAUGAGCCUGAGCCAAAGAGAAUGAUAACUCCUGAUCCAUUAGUAAUGGUAAAUGAAAAUGGAAGAGUCUUUGAGUUUGAGCUUGGAAGACUUGAGAAGAUAAGAAAAACUCCACUCAUUGAAGGUGAAGCGCCCAGUGAAAAUCCAGAUGACUAUGAAGAGAAAUGGGUUACUUAUAAAUUCAAUUAAAAGAAGGAAGUGCUAAAAGACUAGAUUUAAUCUAAAGAAGGCAUUUGCUAUGUUAAAGACCUAACUUAUACACUUAAUGAGAACUUUAAGAGUGGGACUUAUUAAAUUAAUAUAAAAGAUGUCACAAGAGGUAUCUUAAAUAAAAUGCAGGAGGUUAAUGUAGAAUUAACUAUCAUUGACCCUGAGGAAAUUUUAGCUCAGUAGCAAGCUGCAGCCCAAACAAAGAAUGCUCCUAAAAAGAAAUGA